GAGGCCAGGCCUGUGCCCUGCGAGGUGCUGCUGCUUGGCGGGUCUGGGGCGCGCUGCCCGCGUCCGCAGCCUCAGCCUGGACACGCGCCGUGCGCAUGGAGCAAGAGAAGGAUGACUGCCCGGAGGCCGGCUUCUGUCUGGGCGCUCUCCUGCACUCCUGGAUGUGGCGGUGGCUGGAGCAGCAGUCACAGUCCAGCAUGCUGACGGGGGUCCUUCUUGGCGCCCUUCUGGCCCUGAUCCUGGUGGGCAUUGUGGUCUUCUUCCUGCACCGGAGGCUGAAGCGGCUCCGUCAAGUGCCGCCGACCCCUCAGUACAGGUUCCGGAAGAGAGACAAGGUCCUGUUCUACGGCCGGAAGAUUAUGAGGAAGGUGACCACACUCCCCCACACACUCGUGGGGAACACAGUGCCCCCCCGGCAGCGGGCCAGGAAGAGGACCAAGGUGCUGUCUCUGGCCAAGAGGAUUCUCCGCUUCAAGAAGGAGUACCCCACGCUGCAGCCCAAGGAGCCCCCACCAUCCCUGCUGGAGGCCGACCUCACAGAGUUUGACGUAAAGAGCUCUCACCUGCCCUCGGAGGUUCUCUACAUGCUGAAGAACGUGCGGGUCCUGGGUCACUUCGAGAAGCCGCUGUUCCUGGAACUCUGCAAACACAUGGUCUUCAUGCAGCUCCUCGAGGGGGAGCAUGUCUUCCGGCCCGGGGAGCCGGACACCAGCAUCUACGUGGUGCAGGACGGGAGGCUGGAGGUGUGCAUCCAGGACACGCAGGACGGCCCUGAGAUGGUGGUGAAAGAGGUCCUUCCCGGAGACAGCGUCCACAGCCUUCUCAGCAUCCUCGAUGUCAUCACGGAUCACACGGCCCCCUACAAGACGGUGUCCGCCCGGGCCGCUGUGCCCUCCACGGUGCUGCGCCUCCCUGCUGUGGCCCUCCAGGGCGUGUUUGACAAGUGCCCAGAGACCCUGGUGCGGGUGGUGCAGAUCAUCAUGGUGCGACUGCAGAGGGUCACCUUCCUGGCCCUGCACAACUACUUGGGCCUGACCACGGAGCUCUUCAACCCUGAGAGCCAGGCCAUCCCCCUCGUGUCUGUGGCCAGCGUUGCUGCUGGGAAGGCCAAGAGGCGGUCACUGUGUGUUCCUGACGAGCGGCCCCCUGGGCCCGGAGACCCAGACCGAGGAGCCAGCCAUGCAAUGGCCAGUGGACCUCUGCUGAGGAGAAGCCACUCUGUCCCACUGCCCGCUGCCCACGAAGAGGUCUCAGACGAGCUCACCAGUGCCCAGGCAGGCGACCAGGGCCCUUCAGCCCCACCAAGGUGUGCAGCAGGAACCCCCUCCAACCCUAGUGGCACAUGUGACCGAGCCACUGUGCACCUUAGCCCUGAGGAGCGGCACGACAGCACCACACUCAGCAAGUCCAGGAAGAACGUGACGGUCACCGAGACACCCUCUGCAGUCUUCCACUACGCAGAGAGCGAUGUGGACGAGCCUGUGGCCAGCAAGAAGACGGAUGCCAUCCUCAAAGCGGCCAAGAAGGACCUGCUCACUCUGAUGGAGCUGGAUGACCCCUCACUGCUGGAUGGCCGGGUGACCCUCCUCCAUGUCCCUGGGGGCACAGUAGUGUCAAGGCAGGGCGACCAGGAUGUGAACAUCCUCUUCGUGGUGUCGGGGCUGCUGCACGUGUACCAGCGCAAGAUCGACAGCAGGGAAGACACCUGCCUGUUCGUCACGCGCCCUGGGGAGCUGGUGGGCCAGCUGGCCGUCCUCACGGGGGAGCCCCUCAUCUUCACCAUCAAGGCCAACCGAGACUGCAGCUUCCUGUCCAUCUCCAAGGCUCACUUCUAUGAGAUCAUGAGGAAGCAGCCGAGUGUGGUCCUGGCUGUGGCACACACAGUGGUGAAGCGAAUGUCAUCCUUCAUGCGGCAGAUGGACUUUGCACUGGACUGGAUGGAGGUGGAGGCUGGACGCGCUGUGUACAGGCAGGGGGACAAGUCAGACUGCACAUACAUCGUCCUCAGUGGCCGACUGCGCUCGGUGAUCCGGAAGGAGGAUGGCAAAAAGCGCCUGGCCGGGGAGUAUGGCCGUGGUGACCUCAUUGGAGUGGUGGAGACGCUCACCCAGCAGGCCCGAGCCACCACCGUGCAUGCUGUGCGGGACUCAGAGCUGGCCAAGCUGCCCGCGGGAGCACUGACGUCCAUCAAGCGCAGGUACCCUCAGGUUGUGACUCGCCUCAUCCAUCUGUUGGGUGAAAAGAUCCUGGGAAGCCUCCAGCAGGGUCCUGGCACAGCAGGUCACCAGUUUGGACUCCACGCCACAAGCAGCAAGUGGGACUCGGGGAACCCGGCCAGCAAUCUGUCCACGGUGGCCGUGAUGCCCGUGUCCGAGGACGUGCCCCUCAUGGCCUUCGCCCUAGAGCUGCAGCAUGCCCUCAAUGCCAUCGGACCCACCCUGCUGCUGACCAGCGAGAACAUAAAGCAGCGUUUCGGCUCUGCCGCACUGGACAGCAUCCACGAGUACCGGCUGUCCAGCUGGCUGGGCCAACAAGAGGACGUCUACCGCAUCGUGCUCUAUCAGGCGGACAGCACCCUCACGCCCUGGACGCAGCGCUGCAUCCGGCAGGCCGACUGCAUCCUCAUCGUGGGCCUUGGAGAGCAGGAGCCCACGGUGGGCGAGCUGGAGCGGAUGCUGGAGAGCUCGGCCGUGCGAGCCCAGAAGCAGCUGGUGCUGCUGCACCGGGAGGAGGGGCCCUCGCCAUCCCGCACUGUGGAGUGGCUCAACAUGCGCAGCUGGUGCUCCGGCCACCUGCACCUACGCUGUCCCCGGCGCGUCUUCUCCCGGAGGGUCCUGCCCAAGCUGGUGGAGAUGUACGAGCGGGUCUGCCAGAGACCCCCGGACCGCCACUCGGACUUCUCACGACUGGCCCGGGUGCUGACGGGCAAUGCCAUUGCCCUGGUGCUUGGGGGAGGGGGAGCCAGGGGCUGCGCUCAGGUGGGCAUCAUCCGGGCGCUGACAGAGUGUGGCAUCCCUGUGGACAUGGUCGGAGGGACAUCCAUCGGGGCCUUCAUGGGCGCCCUGUACUCAGAGGAGCGGAGCUACAGCCGGAUCCGCAUCCGGGCCAAGCAGUGGGCAGAGGACAUGACGUCAGUAGUGAAGACUGUCCUGGACCUGACCUACCCCAUCACAUCCAUGUUCUCCGGCGCGGCCUUCAAUAGCAGCGUCUGUGGCGUCUUCAAGGACCGGCAGAUCGAGGAUCUGUGGAUCCCCUACUUCACCAUCACCACAGAUAUCACAGCCUCUGCCAUGCGUGUCCACACUGAUGGCUCUCUGUGGCGGUAUGUGCGAGCCAGCAUGUCCCUGUCCGGCUACAUGCCCCCACUGUGUGACCCCAAAGAUGGGCACCUACUGAUGGAUGGAGGCUACAUCAACAACCUCCCAGCGGAUGUGGCCAGGUCAAUGGGGGCCAAGGUGGUGAUCGCCAUCGACGUGGGCAGCCGGGAUGAAACAGACCUCACCAACUACGGCGAUGCUUUGUCUGGGUGGUGGCUGCUUUGGAAGCGCUGGAAUCCACUGGCCACAAAAGUCAAGGUGCUGAACAUGGCUGAGAUACAGACACGCCUGGCUUACGUCUGCUGCGUGCGGCAGCUGGAGAUGGUAAAGAACAGCGAGUACUGUGAGUACCUGCGGCCGCCCAUCGACAGCUACGGCACCCUGGACUUCAGCAAGUUCGACGAGAUCUGCGAAGUGGGCUACCAGCACGGACGCACAGUGUUUGACAUCUGGGGGCGCAGCGGCGUGCUGGACAAGAUGCUGCAGGACCGCCAGGGCCUGAGCAAGACAAAGGCUGGCGACGUCCUAACCUGCCCCAGUGCCUCCUUCACGGACCUGGCUGAGAUCGUGUCCCGCAUCGAGCCUGCGCAGGUGGCCACAGUGGAUGAUGAGUCUGACUACCAGACGGAGUAUGAAGAGGAGCUGCCGGGGGGCAUCCCGGAUGGGGACACGUAUGCGGACUUCCAGAGCACACCCGCCAUCACAGCCUCCGACUCGGAGGAGGAGCCCACCCUGCGGCACAGGCUGGCCAAGAUAGGUGGUCUCCCGUCAAACACACCCUGAAGCAGCGGCUCGGUGGGAAAUAAGCCCUCCUAUGGCCCUGUGUGCUGUGCUGGGGGACUUGGGCCUCUCGCACCGGCAGCUCCGAGGGGGACCCCACCCGGUCCCCGCGUGCACGGUCCCCGCGUGCACGGCAGGGAUGGGUGGGGCAGCUGCGUGCCCGGUGCCGCCCUGGGUGUGUCAAUAAAGGUGGAAACUAU